AGUCGAAGCAGCUCAACCGGUGAUUGGACGAAAAUAUUUCCUUGUGGUGGCUGUGCUGACAACCUUCACGACAGCCGAGAACGCGUCGAUGCCACUCGUUGACUGCCUGAGACCGAGUAUGCCCAGAGUCAGGAAGCCAGGCUGCAUUGUGCGACCGCACAACGGAGCCAACUCGUCUCAACCCUGCGAUAAAACCCAGCACUACCCUCCAUAAAAUGUGAUUCUCUUCCACCUUCGCAGUGUUUUUGCCAUUUCAUUCUGAACUGGUGAUUUUGGGCCUCCUGGCCCAUAUAGAUACUCUCCAUGCAGUAUGACCGAAGCAUUUGGCAUAGUCGCAAGCGGAAUCAGCGUCGCGUCCCUCGUUAUCCAGAUUGUCGAAAAUCUCAACAAGGUUAUCAACUUCUGCGAGUCCAUCAGGGAGGCUCCAACGGAUAUUCAACGAAUUCUCACAGAACUACACAUCCUGUCCAACAUCGUCUCAAAUAUACAACUUGUGCAUGAGAAGCGUUCACUUCCCGAAAGUAGCGAGGCUACGACAAAACAAUGUCUCGGCCUCGUCAGAGAUGACAUCAGCAAACUAUCAAGCCUCAGUUCGGAUCUCGAACGAAAAGUGCACUCUGAUAAGAGACUCACCCGUACAUGGGCUCGUGUGCAAACUGUGCUUUCCGAGAAGAAGAUUGCAAUGCUCAGAGGUCAACUUGACGGUGCGAAGGGAACACUGCAAUUAUUGCAAUCUUGUUAUAUAUUGUGGGUUUGGCAUUCCUUUGCAUGGCGCAAAAUGCUGAUCAAACGUCGAUAAUCAGUCAGGAUCUCCGAGCUCUUAGUUCCCUGUCCUCCAAAACGCCAAAAGACUUAGGUUAUUCUUGGGAGACAGGUCAGCUGGAGGAUCAUGUCAAGGUUGAUGAUGGCUUAGAAAAGCCCUUUUACUUACCGAUUGAUCUAUGUUCGACUCCGAAGGUAACAUCCA